CGCGGCCGAGGGCGUGAUGGCGAGCCUGGGCCGGCUGCUGUGCGUGCUGGCCUGGCUGCUCUGCGGGUCCGCGAGCCCCGGGCUGUCCAGACCCCAGGAGCCCGCCUCCGAGAAGCCCAUCAUCGGAAUAUUAAUGCAACACUGUCGUACGAAGGAAAUGAAACAGUUAGGAAAAUACUACAUUGCUGCAUCCUAUGUGAAGUAUUUAGAGUCUGCAGGUGCAAGAGUCGUACCUGUAAGGCUUGAUCUUACACAUAUAGAGUAUACAGAACUUUUCAAAUCUAUUAAUGGAAUCCUUUUUCCUGGAGGAGGUGUCAGCAUAUUACAUUCAUCUUAUUCCCAUGUGGCCAAAAUAUUUUACAACAAAGCCAUAGAGAGUUAUAAUAAUGGAGACUAUUUUCCUGUGUGGGGAACAUGCCUUGGAUUUGAGGAACUCUCCUUUUUGGUUAGUGGAGAGAGCUUACUAACGCUUACAGACACUGUCUCAACGACAUUGCCCUUGAACUUCACUGAAGAUGCAUUACAGAGCAGAAUGUUCCGGAAUUUUCCUGCUGACUUAUUGCUGUCAUUAGCAGUAGAACCUCUGACUGCAAAUUUUCACAAAUGGAGCCUCUCUGUGAAGAACUUUACAGAAAAUGAAAAGCUAAGUUCGUUUUUCAAUGUGUUAACAACAAACACAGAUGGCAAGACUGAGUUCAUCUCAUCCAUGGAAGGAGUUAAGUAUCCAAUCUAUGCUGUGCAGUGGCAUCCUGAGAAAGCACCCUAUGAGUGGAAGGCAUUGAGCGGCAUUUCCCAUGAACCAAAUGCUGUGAAGACUGCAUUUUACUUGGCAGAUUUUUUUGUUUCUGAAGCUCGGAAAAACAAGCACCACUUUGAGAACAAAAUUGAGGAGACGGAUUCCUUGAUUUAUCAGUACUAUCCAGUGUAUACUGGAAAUAUUUCUUCAUUUCAGCAGUGUUACUUAUUUGACUGAAAGUCUUCAAUACGGUAACAGAAAAUUUGAGUACCUCUGAGAUUGAAUUGCUAACACUGCUCAUGGCGACAUGAAAAAGCACACAGAUGCCUUUGUUGUAUGCCUCGUUCUGUUUCUUCACUUAGUACAUGAUUAUUUUUAUCAGAUUUAAUAACUUGACAAUGAAAAAGAUAAACAAUCAUAGUGUUUUUCAUGAAAAAGUUUUAUUGCUGAAAAUCAGUAAAAUAUAAUUUUUUGAAAAAAAAAUUUCCUGUGG